AUGUCUUUUGCUCUUGAAAAAAAGGUUGCUGAGCUUGCUGUAAAGCGUGCUUCUGCACUUGCUAAGCUUGUGGCAGAUACUCAUAUUGAUUCUAUCACUAAAACAGACAAGUCGCCAGUCACUGUGGCUGACUAUGGUGCCCAAGCAAUCAUUAUCAAUGCUAUCAAACAUGUUUUCCCUAACGACAAUGUUGUUGGCGAAGAAGAUGCUGCCAACUUGCGUGCUGACCCUACCCUGAAGCAACAUGUUUGGUCUUUGGUAAAGGAUGCUACUGACAAGGAUUCUGCUUCCGCCUCUGCAAUUGGAAGCAUUCAAACUGCCGAGGAAAUGUGCGACUCCAUCGAUGCUGGCAAUUACGAAGGUGGCCGCAACGGCAGAAUGUGGGCGUUAGAUCCAAUUGAUGGUACUAAGGGAUUUUUGCGCCGUGGCCAAUAUGCUGUGUGCCUGGCACUCGUUGUCGAUUCAGUCGUUCAAGUGGGUGUUAUUGGUUGCCCCAACCUGCCUUUAGACUACAAGUCUUCCGGAACAUCUGAGAAUGGUGUUUUGUUUUCUGCUGUAAAGGGACUUGGUGCUUUUCAGCAAUCUCUGUUUGGAUCUGAGCCUGAAAAACCCAUCAAGUUUCAUGAAAUCUCAUCUACAAGCGAGGCUACAUUCUGUGAGUCUGUAGAAGCCGGACACAGCUCUCACGAUACACAAGCUAAAAUCGCACAAACAUUGGGAAUAACAAAACCUCCCGUGCGCAUGGAUUCACAAGCAAAGUAUGUUUCAAUUGCUCGUGGCGAUGGCGAUAUUUACCUUCGUCUGCCAGUUCAUGCUGACUACCAGGAAAAAAUUUGGGAUCAUGCUGCCGGUAAUGUUAUUGUUACUGAAGCUGGCGGUGUUGUUACUGAUAAGGAUGGCCAUCCACUGGACUUUGGUGUCGGCCGCACUCUCAAGGACAAUAAGGGUGUGAUUGCUGCAUCCAAAGCCAUUCACGCCAAGGUCCUUGAAGCUGUCAAGAAUGUUACCGGCGCUUAA